AUGAGGACUACAAGACUGGAUAAAAGGGUUCAAAAAGGCACCAAGUCUAAGGGCCUGAAGAAAAAUGGAUCCAAAUCGAAAACGAAUAUGAUUGCUAAGAUUUCCAAAUCGCAGAAGGAUGACAAUGGAAAAGGCACAAUGGUGGAUCCUAGCGCACUAAAUUGGAAAAGAGUAGAUAUUCCGAAUACCAUGGACGAUUAUGGCGGUUUCUACGGGCUGGAGGAGCUCGAAGGUGUAGAUGUGAAAAUUGUGAACGGGAAAGUACAAUUUUUCGCAACUGAUCCUAAGAAAGCAGUGAAAGUGGACACCAACGUCAACGAACCGAGUUACGGUACCGAAGACAGUAAGGACGAAGAAGGGGAAGAAGGCGAAGAGAUGGAAGAUGUAAUAGAAUUCAAGGACAUGGACGACAUGAAGGAGGGGGAGUUGAGUGAGGGUGCUUCUGAUGGGAUGGAAACGUUUGGCGAUAACGACCAUCCUAAUGACGACAGUAAUAACAAAAUUAAUUUGAAAGCCAAGUUUGGCGAGCGUGGGGUGUCUGAUAACCUCCAUUCGGUGGGGCAAGACAAUGUUAACAAGGAACCGAGUGCUGAGAUCGAAGCACACUCUCAAACGGAAAAGGAAGAGCUCGAAUCUAACGUCUUUGGUGGUAACUUUGAUAUUGAUAAUAUUGAACCUGAUGCACUGCCGGAAUGGACGGAGAAGAUAAAUCUUUCCUUAACAACGCUACAAGGUCUCUCUGAACAAUACUUCAUAAGGCCUACCGAGAUCCAGGCAAAGGCUAUUCCCCUCGCCCUAGAAGGAAGAGAUAUUAUGGGUAAGGCUUCGACAGGCUCUGGUAAGACGUUGGCGUAUGGAAUCCCCAUUUUAGAAAAACUUUUAUCCGAUGAAUCUACCGAUAGAACCAUCGGAAUAAUUUUUACACCUACCAGAGAACUUGCCCAUCAGGUAACCCAGCAUAUACAAAAAUUAGCAUUUUCACUGAACAAGAAGAACCCAUACGCCAUUGUAUCUCUCACCGGCGGUCUGUCGAUUCAGAAACAGGAACGGUUACUUAAGUAUGACGGCUGUGCCCGCAUUGUGAUUGCCACACCUGGCCGAUUUUUGGAACUGCUUGAAAGGGAUACCAAUCUGAUAGAGCGCUUUUCUAAGAUUAGUUAUUUGGUUCUUGACGAAGCUGAUCGAUUGUUACAAGAUGGCCAUUUCGACGAAUUUGAGAAAAUUCUCAAACACUUAGGAAAGGCAAGAGAGAUGAAGAAGAAGUUCAAAAGCGAAUAUGCAGGUAGCGGGUGGCAGACCAUGAUUUUUUCUGCAACCUUCUCCAUGGAUUUAUUUAAUAAGCUGGCAACGACAAAAUGGAAGAAAUUGGGGAGAGCUAAAGACGAGAAUGAGAUGGAACAGGCCCUCAAGCAUUUAAUGACCAAGAUUCAUUUUAAAUCAAAACCUGUAAUUGUCGAUGUGAACCCUGACGAUAAGAUCCACAAUAAGAUUAAGGAAGCUCUUAUCGAAUGUCUACCCACCGAGAGAGAUCUUUUCUCAUACUACUUUCUGACGCUCUACCCUGGUUCUACUUUGAUAUUUUGCAAUGCAAUCGACUCUGUUAAAAAACUGAAUUCUUACCUUAACUUUCUAGGGAUAUCAUCAUUUCAGAUACAUUCGUCAAUGACGCAAAAAAACCGCCUUAAAAACCUUGAGAAGUUCCAACAAAAGGUUGCUCAAAAUAAGGCUAGCAGUCAAGCCACUGUAUUGAUCGCAAGUGAUGUUGCUGCUAGAGGUCUCGAUAUUCCUGAUAUCAAACAUGUCCUCAAUUAUCAUUUGCCAAGAAGCGCGGAUGUCUAUAUUCACAGAUCCGGGCGUACCGCCCGUGGUGAAAAAGAAGGUGUGUCCGUUAUGAUAUGUUCUCCACAAGAGGCCAUGGGACCGCUAAGGAAAUUGCGGAAGGUACUUUCCUCGAAGUCAUCUACUCAGCAGGGCAAAAAAUGGCAAAAAGACGUUCCAGUUUUUCCAAUCGAGCCUGGCAUCCUGGCGCAAUUACGCGAGCGUAGCUCCUUGGCUAACGAUCUAGCAGAUGAUCAGUUAGCCACGCGGUCCCUCAACAAGGACGAAAACUGGUUGCGAAAAGCAGCUGAUGACCUUGGAAUAGAGAUGGACUCCGACGGCGAAUCCAAGGACAUCAUAUUGGCCAAAAAUAAGCUUAAGAAACAGAAUAAGCAACUGGGAAAAUCUGACGUCAACUCGCUUUUGUAUCAAUUAAAAGAAUUAUUAAAGCAACCGAUUAGAAAGGACUUGAGGAAAAGUUACUUGACUAGAGGUUUUGUCAAUCUUGCUGAUGAUCUAACAAAGAACAAAGGCCAUUCCACCAUUAUCGGCCAGGAUAAGAUAGGGGCGCUGGAGCUUUUGAAAGGCAAAAAACUCAAGAAUGGUAGCAACUAG